AGCCUACACUGAUAUGACGCGUCACACAUGCGACGAAAAUCAACACAUUUUUUUCUCCCAUCACCACCAGCUAACGUUACUGCGAGGAACAUCUGAAGCAAAGGCAACUGGGUCCCUCGCAAUACACAUUCUACUGAGAGGUUUGGACCUCAAUCCAAAAUGACAGACACAAAGCGUCUUGCCAUCUCCAUCAUUCAGUUUCUUCAUGAUCAACUGGGCUCUGGGAGUCUAUCUUCAGAUGCUCAGGAAAGUUUAGAAGUUGCAGUCCAAUGCCUGGAGACGGCCUUCGAGGUCUCGACCGAUGACCAGACCCUAUCUGUCACUCAAACAUUACCAGAGAUUUUUGCCUCUGCGACACAGAAGCAUCCAGACACCUCCCAGGUGAAAAUAAACACAGCCACAGAUUACCCUACUGAGGAGGAAGUAGCAGAGGCAGAGAGACUCAAAACUGACGGCAAUGAUCAAAUGAAGGUUGAGAAAUUUGGGGCAGCUGUGGAAUUCUACUCAAAGGCUAUUGCCAUAAACCCCCGGAAUGCAGUUUACUACUGCAACAGGGCUGCUGCAUACAGCAAACUAGGCAACUACGCUGGAGCAGUUCAGGACUGUGAACUUGCUAUUGGGAUUGACCCAAACUACAGCAAAGCAUAUGGAAGAAUGGGGUUGGCUCUAGCCAGUUUAAACAAACACACAGAAGCUGUAGCUUAUUACAAGAAAGCCCUAGAGUUGGACCCAGAGAACGACACCUACAAAUCCAACCUGAAAAUAGCAGAGCAGAAAAUGGAGACUCCAAGCCCAACAGGAGGAAUGGGAGGAGUUGAUCUGGCUGGUUUGCUCAGUAACCCUGGUUUCAUGAACAUGGCAUCCGGUUUGAUGAACAACCCACAAGUACAGCAACUGAUGUCGGGGAUGAUGUCAGGGGCUUACGGGCCAGUGGGAGCUCCAGCAGCGCCUGGAGUAGGGCCUGGGUUAGGAGCAGGUCCAGAGUCAGGGUUAGGAGCCGGACCAGGGUUAGGAGCCGGACCAGGGUUAGGAGCUGGACCGGCAGUUGGAGUAGGGGGAGCUGGUCCAGGUGACAUCUCUGGUCUCAUCCAAGCGGGCCAACAAUUUGCGCAGCAAAUGCAACAGCAGAACCCAGAGCUAAUUGAACAGCUGAGGAGUCAAAUUCACAGCCGGACACCUAGUGGUAGCAACGAAGAACAACCUUGACCCUCAGACGGAGGAAGAUUUGUGUGGAGAAGUGAAGACGUGUAUUUUUUUUUUAAAUGUAUGAUUUGUAUUAUCUCCCAACUCCAUGGACAAAAAGCUUUUCAUCACUGAGUAAUUAUUGCAUGUGUGCUCCACCCCCCCUGUCUUUAAGGAAACUGAUCAGCAAAACCUUGCGGGAAUGAUGAAAUUUGAUAAACCUGUUGUCAACAGAUAUCUAGUCCGAAGUGUCUGCAAUGUCACACCAGUGUAGCUCUUGGUUUAGCUGUUUAUUGUUACUAUUCCUUGCCAGUGAACUGUUGUCGGAACUGAAUCCCCCCCCCCCGUGACCUAAAUGCAGCUGCAUCACUUGAGCUUUAUCAUUUCAGGUACACAGAAACAUCUUGAGAUUAUUAUGCGAUGAUACAGUUUAGCAGUCAUAUACAUUUGAGAAGCAUCUAUUUGUACAAAGAAAUACUCGUUGGCAGGGAUGGUAUCUAGAGUACUGUCAACAUUAUGGGAAUAUCAAAUGAGCAUAUCAAAUAGGACCUAUUGGUCUCCUCUGUAAUCCAGGAGUUGUUUAAGCAUGAUACACUGUUUUUUGUUAUUUUAUAAUGGGAAUGUCAGUGUUACACUUUUGUUUUUGUCUAACAUGGGUGGCUGUCUGUUUUUGUUCACAAUCUUUGAUUAAAUCAUACUAAUAAAUUAGCCUAACAUGUUUGCUUGAUUUUUAAA